AUGGCUAUAGAGAGAGAGAGAUGGCUAGAUUCAUUAGCUCUCUCCUCCUUAUCAUCGUGUGUCGCCCGAGGUGAUGACCGCCUCGAGAGCAAGCUCAUGUGUAGCCGGUGCUCGGCUUGCGGUGUGUCUCGAUGUCCUGUGAGCGAGUCUUUCCCUCACAUGACUGCCUUCGACGACUCGCUUAUCGCUGGACCGCUUCAAUCUGAUUUUGUGCCAAAAAAUGAUCGACGAGUCUACGCCGUGCCGGAUUCUAAGGGCGGAGCCUCUAAUCAUAACUCUUACUUCGGAUGGAAGUCCACCUCUGGCUCAGCCUCUGGCUUCCACAGGUUUGAGAACUACAUGGACAAGUACUCAGGUGGCCAAAGCUUCCUGACAGUGGACAGCAAUGGCAACGUGGGUUUGAGAGGACUGAGUUCCCUCACCUCCAUGGCCCAAGCAGACUGGAAAUCCAUUAACCCACCUCCCAAGCUCAACCACAGGGAAUUUUGCUUUUGGUUCUCUAGAAGCACAGGCAAGUGCUUGACUGUGUUUCAAGAGGGCAACAAGCAAAAGAGGACAGUGGGUGUAUCAGACUGCAAGUUUGAUGGCUCCAACCCAUUUCAGCUCUUUGCUUUUCGAUUCCAUUACCACAAGUCCUUUUGUUGCUGUGGUCUCUAUAACAAUUGA